AUGGGCAUUAUUAUUAAGGAUUUUCAAUACGCGAGAUACAAACAGAUCGUUGUGAGUACAUUCAACGGCAACAAAUUCCGCGCGGCUUGCGAUUUGAACGUAGAUACAGCGUACAGUGGGUCGUUAAGGCUGGUGCUUCAGUGUGCGGCGGACCCGAUGGAGGGGCGACACGUAGAUAACGCGAUAACGGCGCUGGAGUCGGGCCUCGGAGACCGCAUCGCGCUCUUCCCCGCGCCUUUACACUCUCUGGUUUUUUUGCGCGUCUCACUGCUAGUC